AAAAAGGAGAAAGCUUCUCACAAUCUACCUCUGGACAAAAGGCGCUGGGAUCUGACUGCUUGACUCCAGUUCAAGAGACAGGGGAGACAGAGAGCACAGAAAGAAGGGGAAAGAGGAGACCCUGCCACAAAAGAGAGAUCUUAAUGAAAUAGCAAUCCAGGGAACAGUCGUGAUUUCGACAUGCCUUUCCAUGUGGAGGGGCUGGUAGCUAUAAUUGUAUUCUAUCUGGCAAUCCUGUUUGUUGGAAUAUGGGCUGCCUGGAAAACCAAAAAUAGUGGCAGCGAUGGAGAUCGCAGAGAAGCUAUCAUAGUCGGUGGAAGAGAUAUAGGCUUGCUAGUUGGUGGAUUUACGAUGACCGCCACCUGGGUUGGAGGAGGCUAUAUCAACGGGACAGCAGAAGCUGUGUAUGUCCCAGGCUAUGGGCUGGCUUGGGCUCAGGCACCCAUUGGCUAUUCCCUUAGUCUGGUUUUAGGUGGUCUAUUUUUCGCAAAACCCAUGCGUUCCAAAGGCUAUGUGACAAUGUUAGACCCAUUUCAACAGCUUUAUGGAAAAAGAAUGGGAGGGCUGCUGUUUAUACCCGCUCUAAUGGGGGAGAUGUUUUGGGCUGCAGCCAUCUUCUCUGCGUUAGGUGCCACCAUAAGUGUGAUCAUUGAUAUUGAUGUCAAUAUUUCAGUGAUUGUUUCUGCCCUGAUUGCAAUUAUGUACACCCUGGUGGGUGGACUCUACUCAGUGGCCUAUACUGAUGUGGUUCAGCUCUUCUGCAUCUUCCUGGGGCUGUGGAUCAGUGUUCCUUUUGCAAUGUCACAUCCUGCAGUUAAAAACAUUGGAUUCACAGCUGCGCAGAAAGAGUCUUGGCUUGGAUCCAUUGAAUCACUUGAUGUCUAUUCAUGGCUUGACAACUUCUUUUUACUGAUGUUGGGAGGAAUCCCAUGGCAAGCAUAUUUUCAGCGAGUUCUUUCUUCUUCAUCUGCCACAUAUGCUCAAGUAUUAUCCUUUCUGGCUGCUUUUGGCUGUCUUGUGAUGGCCCUUCCUGCGAUACUCAUUGGUGCAAUAGGAGCAUCAACAGAUUGGAACAAGACUAUGUAUGGUUUACCAGACCCCACAGAGAGGGAAGAAGCAGAUAUGAUUUUACCAAUUGUGCUUCAAUAUCUUUGUCCUGUCUAUAUUUCUUUCUUUGGCCUUGGUGCAGUAUCUGCUGCUGUAAUGUCAUCAGCUGACUCUUCAAUCUUAUCAGCGAGUUCUAUGUUUGCUCGAAACAUUUACCAACUUUCAUUUCGACAAAAUGCUUCAGACAGGGAAAUAAUUUGGGUCAUGCGAAUCACUAUUUUUGUCUUUGGAGCAUCAGCGACAGCAAUGGCACUGCUAGCUAAGUCAGUUUAUGGACUCUGGUAUCUCAGUUCUGAUCUUGUUUACAUCAUCAUCUUCCCUCAACUCUUAUGUGUGUUAUUUAUCAAAGGAACCAACACUUAUGGUGCCAUUGCAGGAUAUUUGUUUGGCCUCCUUCUCAGAAUUACUGGAGGAGAACCAUACCUCUACCUUCAGCCCUUGAUCUUCUAUCCUGGUUACUACGCAGAUAAAAAUCAUAUAUACAUCCAACGCUUCCCAUUUAAAACACUUGCUAUGCUCACCUCCUUCUUCACUAAUAUUGCAGUCUCCUACCUAGCAAAAUAUUUAUUUGAAAGUGGUUCUUUGCCACCAAAAUUAGACUUCCUUGAUGCUGUUGUUGCGAGGUACAGUCAAGAAAACAUGGACAAAGCAACUCUUGUAAAAAGUGACAAUAUUAUAUUAAAUGAGCUUGCACCGGUGAAUCCUCGGCGCAGUCUGACACUGAACUCAACUUUCACAAAUAAGGAGGCCUUCAGUGAUGUUGAUUCAAGUCCAGAGCUAUCCAGUGCUGAAGAUAACUUGGUGACCAACACAAAAUGAAAUUCUGCUUUCACGUAAAAUGCAGUGCAACAGGGUAUUCCAUCAUGAAUGGUAAGAGGCAUUUUAGCAGAAGAAAAACAGGGACCAGGAAUAAAAUGCCACUGCACAAUUCUUUAAAUCACUUCUGUGAGAGUGGGAGCCUGUGAAAUAAACUGUUGUAUUUUAUUAUCAAACUCGUUGCGUUGGGUUAUAGAAUAUCAAACAAAGGAUAAAUUCCGCAUCUC